AAACACACACUCGGAGGACGCAGAGCUGGGAGUAUAAAAGGGGCGUCCUUCCCACUCAACAGAGAAGUGCUCUCCUCAGUCUCAUACACUCCUCGAACACGCUGAAUCUCUUUUCCCAAGAUGACUGCAGGGCUGUGUGUGUGUGUCUUGCUGGUAGUCCUGUGUACGAGCUGCUUGGGGCUCCCCUUCUCCUCUCAGCCUAUAGACGAUGGUCAGCGCUCCUUCUCCGCUCCUUCCGAAGCUCUCCCUGAGGCUGACACCCACACCUUGGCGGAGCCCCACCUCCGACACAGCCGCUCUGCCUCGCCGCUGAAAGCUGUUCCUCUGCCUGAGGAGGAUGCGGACUCCCGGGCCAACCUCAGCGAGCUGCUGGCAAGACUCAUCUCCUCCAGGAAAGGUUCUGUGCGUAGAAACUCUACGACAAACAACAGGGGCGUCGGACUGAGCGCCAACCACAGGAUAGCAGACAGAGACUACUUGGGCUGGAUGGAUUUCGGGCGCCGCAGUGCAGAGGAGUACGAGUACUCCUCGUAAGCGGAAGUCACGGCUCAUACCCCCUCCGUACGGGCACAUGAGAAAAACAAGAAAAUCCCACGCAAGCUGAUUCCUCACUGUCUCAAAAUAAGAGUCUAUAUAUGAUGUAUUUGUUGUACAUUUGUUUGUAAAACUGUAAUAACGCAAUAUACAUACUGUAUGCCAAAUUUUGCAGAAAAGCUCUCACUGUCCACUGUUUGUUUGUUUCUGGUUUCAUUAUGAUUUUGAGUGGAAAGGAUAUGGAUGGUGUCAGGGUCUGUGGAGACUAAAUGGACUGAAUAAAGAUUAAAAAUAUCA